CCUUAUGAAGCAAUGAGGCUUACUAUAGUAUCAAUUGCUGGAGUUAUUUUGGGCUUCUUUUUAGGAGUGUCAUCUCCAACACUAUCACUAACUAAGAUGAAUCUCCCAUCUAGCAUUUUUCCAUCCAUUGAUCUCACAUAUGUUGAGGACAAGUACUCAAAAAUUCAAACCAAAUCUAUAUGGGAUGCCUGGGCUUCAUUUAGGGGUGACAGAAGCAUGUCCAAUGGGCUUAACAAAUUAAAUGAGACAAAGAUUUGGGUUCCUACAAAUCCUCGAGGGGCUGAAAGGCUACCCCCCAAAAUUAUUGAAUCUCAAUCAGAUUUCUAUCUUCGCAGAUUAUGGGGUCUGCCCCAACAGGACCUAACUGUCAAACAGAAGUAUCUUGUAACUUUUACUGUUGGCUAUGAUCAGAGAAACAAUAUUGAUGCUGCAAUCAAAAAGUUCUCUGACAAAUUCACCAUUGUGUUGUUUCACUAUGAUGGGAGGGCUACUGAGUGGAAUGAGUUUGAGUGGUCAAAGCGAGCAAUCCAUAUUAGUGUUAGGAAGCAAACAAAAUGGUGGUAUGCUAAACGCUUUCUGCAUCCUGACAUUGUGGCACCCUAUGACUACAUUUUCAUUUGGGAUGAGGAUCUAGGCGUGGAGCAUUUUGAUGCAGAGGAGUACUUGAAAAUGGUAAGAAAACAUGGUUUGGAGAUCUCACAGCCUGGUCUAGACCCGAGUAGUAGUUUUACAUGGCAGAUGACAAAGAAAAGGGCUGAUGUUGAAGUCCACAAGAAAGCUGAGGAGAGAAAUGGCUGGUGUCCUGAUCCGCAUACUCCACCUUGUGCUGCAUUUGUUGAGAUCAUGGCUCCUGUAUUUUCCCGAGAUGCAUGGCGCUGUGUAUGGCAUAUGAUACAGAAUGACCUAAUUCAUGGAUGGGGUCUUGAUUUUGCUCUCAGAAAAUGUGUAGAUCCCCCUCAUGAGAAAAUAGGAGUUGUUGAUACUCAAUGGGUUCUUCACCAAAGCGUUCCUUCACUUGGGAACCAGGGGCAAGCAGAGAGUGGAAAGGCACCAUGGGAAGGGGUACGAGAGAGGUGUAACAAAGAAUGGACAAUGUUCCAAGAGCGUAUGGCUAAUGCAGAGAGGGACUAUUUUCAGGGGAUGGGAAUUAUUCCCCUUAACUCCACAGCUCUCCCAGCUCAUCAAAUACGCACGUGGAAAUUGAGUCUGAAAGCAGUUGCAGUUAGUUCGAGUGGUUCAAGUCUUGUUAGUUUGUUAUAA